CCCCAUAUCCGUGCGCCGAGCUGAUAAAGGCGCCAUUUUGGAGGGGCCGCGGGAGACGUGGUGCCGCUGCGGCUCGCUCUGCCGUGCGCUAGGCUUGGUGGGAAGGCCUCUUUUUCGAGUCCGCGCUUUUCGUCGCCGCCAUGUCGGGAGGUGGUGUGAUUCGUGGCCCAGCAGGGAACAACGACUGCCGCAUCUACGUGGGUAACUUACCUCCAGAUAUCCGAACCAAGGACAUUGAGGACGUGUUUUACAAAUACGGCGCUAUCCGUGACAUCGACCUCAAGAAUCGCCGCGGGGGACCGCCCUUCGCCUUCGUUGAGUUCGAGGACCCGCGGGACGCGGAAGACGCGGUGUACGGUCGCGACGGCUAUGAUUACGACGGGUACCGUCUGCGGGUGGAGUUUCCCCGGAGCGGCCGCGGUACAGGCCGAGGCGGCGGCGGGGGUGGAGGUGGUGGAGCUCCCCGAGGCCGCUAUGGCCCCCCAUCCAGGCGAUCUGAAAACAGAGUAGUUGUCUCUGGACUGCCUCCAAGUGGAAGCUGGCAGGACUUAAAGGAUCACAUGCGUGAAGCAGGUGAUGUAUGUUAUGCUGAUGUUUACCGAGAUGGCACUGGUGUCGUGGAGUUUGUACGGAAAGAAGAUAUGACCUAUGCAGUUCGAAAACUGGAUAACACUAAGUUUAGAUCUCACGAGGGAGAAACUGCCUACAUCCGGGUUAAAGUUGAUGGGCCCAGAAGUCCAAGUUAUGGAAGAUCUCGAUCUCGAAGCCGUAGUCGUAGCAGAAGCCGUAGCAGAAGCAACAGCAGGAGUCGCAGUUACUCCCCAAGGAGAAGCAGAGGAUCACCACGCUAUUCUCCCCGUCAUAGCAGAUCUCGCUCUCACAUAUCUGAAGAGAUGGAUUAAGAAUGCUUUGGAUUAAGGAUUGUGGAGCACAUUUCAAUCAUUUUAGGAUUGUCAAAAGGAGGAUUGAGGAGGAUCAGAUCAAUAAUGGAGGCAAUGGUAUGACUCCAAGUGCUAUUGUCACAGAUGAAAUUGGCAGUAUUGACCUUAUACUAAAAAGGCAAAGAUUUAAAAAAUGAUUAUAUGUAGAUCUACCUUAAAACACGUGCAAACAUGCAGUUAACUUUAGCUACAAUUGCUUUGCUCUUUAAACCUUGGCAAUUGUGGCAAAAUUACCUUGCCCAUUUUGUAACAAGUUAUUUUGCUCCCUUCCCCCUUUUUUGUUUUAAUAGGGACUAAUGUGGGAAGAACUGGCUAAUUUGUCACAAUGCUUAGUUACAACUGUUAAUGUGUGACCUGCUGUUGGUGUACAUGUGGGUACAGGGUGUCUUUAAUUCCAACCAGAUAGAGUAUAAUAUCAAUACUGCUAAAUCUGCAUGUCCUCUGUGUGACUGAUAGAGCGUUGCUUUUUCAUUUUUUAAGACAAAAUGACAGCAAAAUAUAGAAUUCCAAUGUAUUGGUGUAGAUAAUAUAGUGGGGAGUACUUUUAAGUCUCACCUUCCCCUUUAAACUAAUAUUCAUAAUUGACUCAUGUUUAAAACACUUUAAUUUACAAAUUAAAUUGCAAAUGGGAGCAUUAGAUUUAGUUUAGACUUAGGUGGGUAGCAAAUACCAGUAAACUUCUCAGCUACAUAACUUUUUGCAUCCACAAAACCUGUAAUACGCUGUACAGUAACAAGUGUUGACAUUAUCAGUUGAACUGUAAAUAUAAAAUGCUUCUUCCAAUUAGUCUCUAUGAUGAUUAAGUUUCUAAAGUUUAUCUGAACACCAUACAGAAACUUGUUUUGGGGAAUUUGAUAGUUAUUGAUGUACAUCUGUAAAACUGAUGACAGACAUAACUCAUCAUUCCCCAGAAACCUUUUUUGAUUACAGUAUCUAACAUUUUGCCUCCUCUUUUUUGGUUUUGCUGGUUAUAAAGGUUUGGAUUGGAGAGGGCUCACUGGAUCCCAAUCCUUGGAGCUGGAUCAUUGGAUUCAAAUCAUAAUGUGGAUAGGAUAGGGAGGAUGAAUUACAAGGAUUCAUGGAGCGGGAUCAGAUUACCAGGAACAUAGGAGUGGAUUCCUGCCCCAACCAAACCGCAUUCGUGUGGAUUUUUUUUUUUUUAUUCAACUUAAUUGGCUAUUCCAAAGAUUUUUUUUUUUCCUAUUUUUGACGAUUGGAGCCCUUAAGAUGCACGAUGGAAUUGUAUUUUGCAUUUUUUGGUAAAAGGAGCAAAGCGAGGACCUGGAGAUAAUACGCUGGAGCAAUCUCCUUGGAAGGAUUCAGCACGAGUAGAUGGUAAACAUUUAAAGGGGAAAGGGGGGGUUUGUUUAAAAUAGUAAAUCAGUAAGUCACUUCUAAAUUUAAAACAAAAUUGGAGUUGAAGAAUAAGUAGGUUUCCAAUUGGCUAUUGCCGUUUUUCUUUGAAAAAAUAAACAUUUUUUUAAAAAACUAUGCAUGGUUGUCCUUUUUCCUCUUCAUGUAAGAUUGUAACUGGGUAACUAGUCUUAUCAGUUAAUUCUUUAAAUUGAUAAGAUUCUGACUUGUGUUUGUUAGUAAAUUAAACAUUCUUAAAAGGCAAUCUAAUAAGUGGUAUUAACCAUCUCUUACUGUUAAUUGUGAAAAUCCUAAAGGGAUGAUUAAGAAUGCCUUAAAAGGCAGUUCCAUAUGUAGUAAUGGCAAUGCGAGAUGAUUGAGUCUGAAAGAAACUUUCCAUACUUGCUAAAAGAGUGAUUAAAACUUAACAGAUACUUCCUAUCUUGGUGAUUUUUUGGGUAGACUUGUGCAGAAUUAGUUGAUAGCUAAUAAAUUAGUAUUAACUUGGAGAUAGCCUUUGAUAUGCUCAGUGAAACUCAAAAAUUACAUAUUGAAUGUUAACUUUAGCAUACAUGUAUUAGAACUCAAUCACAUUUGCUUUUUGAAAUGUUAGCAGUAUGUCAGAAGAUGGGCUAUUUGGGUGAGUCUUGGCUUUUAAGCCUUCUCAACCAUCAGGUUGUUAUGUUCAAAAGCAGUAAUUAUAUCUUGUACUCUACAAAUGCUUACAUCUUUUUACUGACAUCUUGCUUAAGUUGUACAACAGGAGCUUUAUUUAAAAUUCCCAGUCUUCUCAUUUCCUCAUAGCUAGUUAAAAUGAACAAAUUACUAAUUUCUGUAUCCAACAGAAAUAACUAAAUCUUUAACUUUGCCCUUGGGUGCUAAUCACAGUUGCAAGCUGAAUUUAAGAUGAUUGUUCAGGUGACAUAAUUUAAAAUCUAGAGAAAGCUAGCAAUCUUUAUAGUGGGAGAAUGGGGUCCAGGCGAGAUUUGCGUAAGAUCACCUAGCCAGUAUAUUUUAAUGAGCUUUCUAGAAUGGCAGGAGGAAUAGAAAACUAGGUUUUCAUUGUAAAGCAGUUAGUGUAGGUUCAUUAAUGUUAAGUAGUUGUAGUAGUUAGGAAUUCAAAGUACAAUGACCAAGAAACUUGCUCUCUUAAUUCUGAAGGUUUAUAUAAUGUGCUUGAAGUUAAGUUUUUCAUGUGUAGAAUAUUUUUAGAUACAUCAGCUUAUUAAAGGGAAACUACAAAAUGACUGAUUAAGAAAGAUUAAUGCAAGCUAGAUUUAAUCAAACCUGGGUUUAUUGAAUAUUUUGCAAAGGGGAACAAAAUGGAAAUGACUUUUACUGAAAGUUGUCUAUUUAAGCUAAGUUAAAUGUGUCCUAAAAGUUGUAAUAGUUCUAACCCCAGGUUGAAAUGAGAAAGUAGUAUCUGCUGUGUAGAAUUUGAGUUUGAAGAUUAUAGAGAGGACUUCUUGCUUAUGAAAGGUAGAGAGGUGUAGAUUCUUAUAGUUAAGAUGAUCAGGCAGCUAAAAUUGAGACAGGAGAAUAAAGCCUGUUCUUUUUUAGUCUUAGGAAAUGGACCUCUACCCAUAUUGGCAAUUAGUAGAAGAAAGUCACAGUCUUGGAACUAAAAAGCCUUCUUGAAUUUUUCCUUUCUAUGUCCCAUUAGAAUAUUGUAGGGAACCUAUGAUUAGUUUAUUUUCUAACCAAGAAAGCACUUAAGUUUCUAAGAAGCAAUUACUUUUCAUAACAUCUGAUUGAAUAAUUCAUCUUGCUGUUCAGCCCACAUCCUCCUGGAGAUAAAAGGUAAGAAACCCUUUUUCUGAUUCCUAAUUGUUUGGGAUCUGAAUCUUAGAAGACUAAAUUUUUUAAAUGUAUGGAAUGUAAUUCCCCUUACUUCAAUGUUUUUCUCUUAAGUUUUAUUCUUUAAUUUCAAGUGUCCAUAAGUCCACCCAUCUUAGUGCUUAGUUCAAUAUAAUUAGUUCUAGAAUUAGCUUUUCUAAUUUAUCUAUGAACCAUGUUUUGCUCCUUAGGGCUGGUGUAAUUUUUAGGUUUCUGUGGUGAAUUUUUACGUUUGCCUUUUUUGCUUUGUAUAUGAAAUUUGUAAGAAAUUACAAAUGAAAUGUAUGUAUUUACUAUAUAAAUAGUAUUAAAAGAAGAGAAUGUAUCAGACUGAAGUUGUUACUUAACCACCUGUGGCUUAUUACGAUAACAAUAUGAAGAGCAAAAGCAGAUUCACAAUCUCUUCACAAUUUUGAAGUCUUCAAAAACCCUGGAUAGAUUUGUUCAUUAAUGCCAGUUGAAUGUAAAAGCUGACUAGAAUUGAUCCCUUCACUUUCAUUACACACUGAGAGCACCAUGAACCCCAAAUACAUCUGCCCUCAAGAGUUCACAUAAGGGAUUGUAGAACUGUACUAGAACAUGCAGGCUUAAUGCUGUGUGUGAUUGUGGGUGUGAGUAAAAACAAGCCUGUUACUUUAUAUUUAAGAUUUAAGUUCUCCAUCUUUUAGGCCAUUCUGCUGCUAGAAGAAAAAGUAUGACCCACAUUGUAUCCUGUUACUACAGUAGACUCAGUUACACUUCAUAGGAAACGUUCAUCUACCCAGACUGUAGUACAAUACUCUGUUUCGAGGGAUUGUUUCUGCUUCAUAUAAACAUUAAUCUGAUCCUGUGGGAGAAAGGCUAGAAUUAAAAGGAAGGUAAAGAGAAGGAAAAGAUUGCUUAUGUCUAUUGUGAUUAGUGAACAGAUAGUAAUCGUGGCAAGAUAAUUUGUGCCUUAGACCUAAACCCAUAAAGUUACAGGGUUUCAAGCCAGCACUUAUUUCUGUGAUGGAGAAUUUUGGAGUGCUUGCUAUCUUUGAAAGCUGUAUGCCUGAUAACCCUGAAGGUAGUUAUGUUUGUAAGAUCAAGGAAAGGCUUUUUUUUCUCUAAUAAAAAUCACAUGGUGCUUCUACUUGGUACUUGGAAAAUAAGGUAAAUAGAUUAGUUUUUGUCAUAUGAAAGUUAAUUGUAGAAAUAACCUUGGUUUACAGUUUUUUUGGGGUUGGGGGUGGCUGUGCUGGAUAUUUGAACCCAGGCCUUCACCUGUUAGGCAAGUGUUCUACCACUGAGGUGCAUCCUCAGUUUAUAGUACAUUUUAAUAUGUGUUAGGUUGAGUUAUCAAAGGGAGAGAAGUUAUACAUGCUGUUUCAUAAGCAGAUCACCAUUUAGGUAAGUAAAAUAUGAAAUAAGAGCUUAGCUGUGCCUUUAUCAUCUUAGUACAAAUAGUUGAAGCACCAGGUUAAAUGUCUUAGCAGUACUACUAAGUACUACUAAGUAUCAUCUGUCAGUUACUGAUUAGAAGUGUAUCAAUACAGAGCUGUAGGGCACUGCUCAGCUCUACCGUGUAUACUUUGAACAAAUGUAGGGAUGUCAGAUGAGUAAAUUUUUACAAUGUUGUCUUUCAUUCUCCAUUGGAGUAUAUGAUAGGAAAAAUCAUAUAGCCACUAGAGGGAGCUUUGACACAAGCCAGGAAAUUAUCCCUACUGUAAAGAAUCCUUACAGGAGUGAGGAGACCAAUUACCUUGAUCUGGAUCAGCAAUAAAAUUAGAUGGUUUGGGUAAGUUUCCUUACUAUAGCUUUACUAUUGCCUUUUUGUCUGUUGAGUGAUACCCUUUCUCUUUCAACAGCUUGAUCAUUUUAGGUUUUGAAUAGUGCUUUAGAGGUACCCAACUUCUGUAAAUCAGAAGAUGUGCUCAUGGAUAUACAUCUGCUUAUAUUUCUGUCUACCUUCUUACCUCUAGGCAAGGCCAGGAAUGUAAGAAUUGGGAGUAGCAAGGCCCAUUGUGCUACAAAAAUGAAAAGAUCUAGGCAUAAUCAUGGUUAUGUACAAGGAAAAAUGUGCCUUUUGUAUAUGUGUGUGUGUAUAACUCCUUUUUGUUGCUGAAUAAGAUAGCAUUUUUAUUUCCUAGGUUUUGUAUUUUGUAAUCAGAAUAUUAGUACAGAUCUCUUGACAUGUUUAAUGGCAUUUUAAGAGCUAGAAAUUGAAAGUAAAAGUUUUAGUGUUUGUCAUUCUAGUUCCCCCUGCCCCCAAGUUUGUAUUAUAAAAAUGGAAGGGACACAAACAUACUUCCUGUUUAAAGUAUUAAAUUAUCACUAAUAAUACUAUGUUAAAAGUUUUAAACCCACUUGAUGGGAAUUAGUUAUCUAGAAGGUGGGUAUAGGAAUACUGGCGUUAAAACAGUAUUAGAAACUUGUCUGUUUUGAAAAAUAAAAGUAGACAAAGAAAUUAGGUUUUUGUCUUUGUUUUUUUGGCAGGGGAGAAGAAAUUGACCAAGUUUACACAAUAGGAAGAAUUUCCCUACCUGAUGAGCUAAUAUUCAGCAAGGGAGGCUACAAAAAAAAG